AUGGCGACAGAAUCAUACCUCAUCACAGGUGGCUGUGGGCUGCAGGGGAGCUCCAUUGUCGAGACGCUGAGGGCCAAGUUUCCAGAGGCCAAGGUGGCAGUGGUGACCCGCAAUCCGACAGUCAAUAUCUUCGAAGGCGUGACGUAUCACCGCGGAGACAUCAGAGACGCGCCAUUUAUCGCCUCGUGUCUCGCCGAGUGCAAACCAACGGUGGUGUUUCACUGCGCGGCCACCGUGGUCGGUGCGCGGAAACACGUGAGCGAUGAAACUGUCCGAUCCAUCAACGUAGACGGCACCCGGGUCCUACUGGAGCAGUGUGCCAAAGCCGGGACCAAGGCCUUCGUGUUCACUAGCUCGGUCAGCGUCAUCCAAAAACCUGGCGUCAUCGUCAGCGAUGCCGAUGAGACCUGGCCGCUGAUCGGUGACUCCGACACCAAGGCUCUGAUCUACCCGCGGACCAAAGCCGAGAGCGAGCGGCUCGUGACGGCCGCUGAUGACCCGGAUGGGAUGAGGACGGCGUCUCUCAGGCCAUCCGCCAUCCAUGGCGAGCGAGACAACGAUGUCACGCCCAUCAUUAUGCGGACGAGCGCCAUGAAAGGGCUCCAGAUCGGGGAGAACAAGACCCGCUUCGCCACGACAUACGUCGGCAACAGCACGCAAGCGCACCUGCUCGCGGCGGAGAAGCUGCUGUCCCCGGACCCGGAUGUCCGAAAUGCGGUUGGCGGGCAGGCCUUCUUCGUCACCAACGGGGCCGAGCACUCCUACUAUGACUUUUCGCGGACCAUAUGGAAGUACGCAGGCGUCGGAGAUGGCCCGGGUAGUCCAGAGUACGAGAACGUCAGGGUGGUGCCGACGAACGUGGCAAUGUGGGUAGCCUGGGCGUGUGAGUGGUGGGGGUGGGCAUGGGGUACACCCCCGGUUAUCAGCACCGUCGCCGUCGGUAUAUGUACCAUGGAGAGAUGGUACAAGAUCGGGAAGGCGGAGAGGCUCCUCGGGUACCACCCUAGCGUUGGGUGGGAGGAGGGCUGCCGCAGAGCCGCAAAGUGGUACUUAGAACAUGGCAACAAAACUGAGGAGGACGCGAAGACCAAGUAA